UCACACGCAUAUUGAUUAAUUAAUAAUAUAUGCGAAUGCUGAUAUUUCAUGCACCAUCGAGACUGCUGAUAAUUCCUGUGAUUAUGAUUGUAAUAUAUGUUUGAUUGACAUAUUUGCAUUACAGGGUGAUGCUCUCUUCUGGUAUAACGUGAUGAAAAGCGGCGAAGUUGACAUGUCGAUCCAACAUGGCGCCUGUCCGGUGCUGUACGGCUCGAAGUGGAUUGCCAACAAAUGGAUUCACGAACUGUUUCGGCUGGUGGCUGAUGACGGAAGGCCUCUGCUGAUGUAUUCACCAUUUCAUUGUUCCAUAUGUGUUCCUUAUGUAAAGUCUAAGCUCUGCCUGCAGCUGCACUUUGUCGGCAACCUUAUUUAA